UGAUUAUUAAUAAACUGUACUAUUGCUCAAUUUUCUGAAUUAGAUGUUAUAUAAUAAUAAUGGAGCGGAUGGAAAAUGAACUGCUGGAGUGUCGGGAUGUCAGACUUUUUGCAGAAUAUAAACAGACAAUGGGAUAUUUGAACAUUCAUCUCUUAUCUCAUAGAUUUUCUGAAAAGUAUCCCUGCGAAAGUGUAAUCAACGUAGAAGACGAUAUUAUAUCUGUAACAAAUUCUCUGUCAUGUGUUACUUUCAAAUUCAAAGAUUUAAAGUUUGAACCAUCAACAUGCAGAAACCUACUGUACGAAAGAAGAGGUGAAAUUUCAUGUACAUUGCAAGUUGAGAAACCUACCAGUGAAUUAGUGGCUGUUAAACUGAGAAAUAACAUCUUACAAGAACAGUUUGUCCGAGAAAUCAAAGCGAGUCAGAAUAAAUGUUAUUGCAAAUUGUGUGGACAGAAGAUUCUGAAAGAUUCUUGUCACUUUUUACGUGUUUUGCCACUCCCCUCUGAGAACUGGUCAGACUUUUCCGACAUGUGGUUUUGUCAUAAUCAUUCUCACUCUUCAAAUCACACUGAACAUGCUGGUGAACAAAACGACGUAGUCUCUGAUGUUAAACUGAGGCCAAAGCUAAAGGACUGCUUUGUUGCCGAGACUUAUUUCAUGAUCUUGUCAGAUCAAAUAAAGGAAAGGAAUGUGAGGAUAACACAAGAUGCCUGCAUCUAUUGUAAUCGAUGUAGGAAUCUUCUGGGUGAAGUUAACAGAGAAGAAAAUGGCGUGACAGGUCGUGGGAAAGUAUUGAAAUUUCUUAGGAGUUCUCUACACUUUCUCACUGAGGAAAACUCACUAAGUGAAAGGGAGAUUAUACAACAUGGAGGCUGCGAAGUGGAGGGUAUGUUUGCAAAUCUUCUUAUGGAAAAUAGCAGGCUUUAUACAAGUUUCAGGCUUUAUCUUAAUUCUUCUACUGAUGGGAAAGAGUUUGACUGUUUGAUAUGGAUAAUAGACCCCAAGCUAAUGAUAUUUUAUGGAAGUUCUCACUCCACAACGGUAGAAAACCUCAUCCCAGUCGAUGUUGUAAAAGUUUUGUUCAGAGUUCUACUGACACCUGGAAAUAACAGACAAGAGGAGCGAAAUUCCUGGAAGAAAGAUAACUCUGUUCAUAUGAUUUCUCUCCCCUACUCAAGCUGCCUGACUCUCUUAAAAAUACUGAUUGAUAAUGCGAAAUGCUUACCUUUAAAAUGCAGACAACAUGACAAAUUUAAUGUGGGAUUUUUGAAAUAUCAACAAGAAAAGAAAUCUCUGUAAAGACUGCACAAUCUUGCCUAUGUCCAGAACUCAAUAGCCUGUUUAUUCUAAUGCUGUCCUGAUGUUGGAAUUGUGUAAUGAAAGUCUAUCAAUAAAUAUCAAUUUGUUUUGUGAAAUA